AAACUGAGGCCGAGCCCGAAGCUGUCACCUCGGAUGUCCUCGGCCGCCACCUCGGAUGUCCUCGAGCGCUCGCUUCCGCAUUCCCACGGCAGCGGCUCGGGAGAAAAACCGGUCGGUCCGGCUCAUCUGGAGCGCGCUGCCGCUGGUCCGGAACAAUGCUUCAUCCCGGCCGGCCGCAGCAGGGCGCGCGGGGCGGCUGCUUCUGUGCUGCUUGGCUUCUGCUGGGCUGCGGGGGCUCGCGUUGGACGCUUGAAGGACGCUCGUGAGAUCCGGAGGUCAUGGAGGGCUGCUGCCGCUCCUGCAUGCCCUGUUUGAAGCGCCUUUGGGACUACAUCUGGCCCGACUUCCGCUACCCGAGCCAGGUGAUCGCCAACCCGGCCGCGCACGGAGCCGAGAUCAGGACGGUGUCGGGCGACAUCCGCGUGCCGUCGCCCAAGAAGAGGGCGGUCCAACUGUACGCGGCGCUCUUCGACUUCGAAGCCCGCAGCGAUGACGAGCUGACGGUCCGCGAGGGCGAGAAGCUUUCUGUGCUGGAGCAGCGGGGUCACUACGUACUGGCCAAAAAAGUCACCGGCUCGCUGGAGUCUGGACUCAUCCCUGCCAACUAUGUGGCCGUCCUCCAGGACGAGUUCGCCAAACACAAGUGGUACUACGGCAACAUCAACCGGACCAAAGCCGAGAAGCUGCUGCUGGCCCCCCAAAACAAAGAUGGCUGCUUCCUGGUACGCAUCAGUGAGAGUCACAGUGAUGAGUACACCAUCUCGGCUCGAAGCGACGGGAAGGUGAUCCACUUUCGUGUGCAGCGUUCCUCCAUCGGCGCUUAUUUCGUGUCAGACAAGGUCUCCUUCGCGACGCUGGGCGAGCUGGUCUCGUACUACCAGAAGAACCCUCGCAGUUUGGGCGUGCUGCUGACGGAACCUUGUGCUCAGCAGCGGGAGCUUUACGACAUGGAGCCUUGGGAGCGGCCUCGGGAGGAGUUCAAGAUGCACCGCAAGUUGGGCGAAGGCCACUUUGGAGAAGUGUGGGAGGCUCUGUGGACCACCGAGAAUAAGCGAGUAGCCAUUAAGAUGCUCAAACAAGAGGACACCAAACAGGAUGAGUUUGUGAAGGAGGUGCAAGCGCUGAAGAGCCUCCACCAUCCCAAGCUGAUCCAGUUGCUGGCCAUGUGCUCCAGAGGAGAACCCGUCUAUAUCGUGACCGAGCUGAUGACCAAAGGAAGCCUCAAAUCUUACCUGGCCUCUGCAGAAGGCCAGGUGCUGACCUCGGCUCACCUCAUCUACAUGGGCAGUCAGGUGGCCGAGGGCAUGGCCUACCUGGAAGACAGGAACAUCGUCCACAGAGACUUGGCGGCCAGAAACGUCCUGGUGGGAGAGGAUCUGGUCUGCAAGGUGGCAGACUUUGGACUGGCUCGUAUUAUCAAGGACAGCGUGUACACGGCAAGCCGGACCACCAAGAUCCCCGUGCGGUGGACGGCGCCAGAGGCCGCCAUUCACCAAAAGUUCUCCGUCAAGUCCGACGUGUGGUCCUUUGGCGUUCUGCUCUACGAGAUGAUGUCACGUGGGAAAAUGCCCUACGAAGGCAAAAGCAACAAGCAGGUGUUGGAACUGCUGUCAUCAGGGACUCGCCUGGCGUGUCCCGGCAGAUGUCCUCACAACAUCCACCGCAUCAUGAUGGACUGCUGGGCGGCCGAGCCGUCCAAGAGGCCUUCCUUCCAUGCUUUGCAUAGCCAGCUGGACUCCAUUUACGCUCGGAUCUACUUCAAGACCAUUGAGGUGUGACCAGGUGGAGGUGGACAAGUUUGUUCCCACAGACGCUGAGAGAAAGUGUCGCGAAAGAAGUUUUCAUCUGAAGACCACCAAUGAUGAAUACAGGCCACAAAGAGGCGCUACGUGCAAUAAUGAUGUCACAUUGCUGCCUGACGGAAGCUCCUAUUUUUGUCCAAUCUUCAAUCACCUUUCCAAAGGAAGAUGGAACCUUUCUGAUUUCUCAAUGGAGGCAGAAUUGCCUUUUGGUCAUUAGCAUGAUCAUUUCUUCAGAAGAAAAAUGGAAACCUGAAAGUGUUCAGGCUCGCAUAGUUGUUUAAAGCACUGCGCAUUGACAAAUUUGGGCUCAGGGCUUUUUUUGGAUAAAGAGUAUUUUAAAAUUCGUAAGAACGAGUUACCCUUUCUCCCCCUCCUUGAUUGAAUUGGAUUUAUUUUUUGAUGGAAUCGAAUAAUUGGUUAUUUGAUUUAUUAAGAAAGUAUUGCAAAGAUUUACCAAGAACUUUACAAGUAAUGAAUACGCCCGAAAUGUUUGCAUUUGCCCAUAUUAGUAGUUUGAGCUGUAAAGAAUGAUCAUUUCUGGUCAACAAAUGUUUACUACCAAAUUUUUUUAAUUAGAGAUGCAAGUCAACUUUUCGAGAUGGAUUUUUUACACUCAUUCCAAAUCUUCCCUACUUUGUUCUCUUUUUUUUUCGGUGAUGUCAUAGCUACAAAUGACAAGUAACGAUUAAAUUCGUAUCACGUAAGCUUUUCUAGUUCAAACAUAAAAACGAAAAUAUUGCGUAACCCUUACGUGCUCGAAAGUAAUUGCCUUUUUUUAAAAAUUUGUGUCAAAAAUACUUUUCAGGACUCAUUAAGCAUCUGUAUUUUAAAAUAUGCUUUAGACCAGCGUUAUGAUCUAAAACAUUAUUUGAUUGUGCUUUUUAACAGCCACUCAGCAGAGCAAAACAGGAAAGACUUUCCAACAGAUAGCAGCAUUCUUACUUGACACUAAUGACUACUUUUGAGGUCACGCAAAAAAUGUUAUUAGGUGAAUUCCUCCAUUGGCGAAUUCAACAUGGAAAAUGUUGUUGCGUUUAAAUUCGCUGUAGAUUACAAUGUAUUAAUAAAAAAAAGAUAUUAAAAUAGGAACGAAUUAUAUUUUAUUUGUCUAGAUAUAUUUUAUUUGUAUAAUUCAGGUUUUACAUGUUUUAUUUUUUUAAUGACAUUUUUAAAUCUUUCCUCGUCUGAUGACCCGACCCAUUCAUCCUUUUUUUUUUUUUUUUUUUCUCUAAAUAAAAGUGAGCACAAAAGUUUGCCCACCCCUUGGCUGUUUUGCACAUUCCAACACUCGGCUGGUGUGUUACUGGUGUGUAUUACGUUAAGUCAGUCUUCCAGACGCGUCCAGAGGGGGCGCUAUGUUUACACAGGGCGGGCGCCUGCGCUUUUCACAGGGUUGCUUGCUUGCAUGCCAUGCAAUGAAACACAACAAUGCAACUUUGUUACUUUGACAUUUACAAUCUUGAGCCAUACAAAAAAGAAAAAUGUAUAGUGACUUAUGAGUCACAAACAAUAAAAUCUUUCCACUCUAA